AUGAGGGCACCUAAGGAGCCUAAGAUCAAGCCGCCGAAUAUCGACGCCUAUGACGGAACCACAGAUCCAGAUAUGCACCUUUUAGCUUACAGGCAUCAUAUGUAUGUUCAAGGGACAAAUGAGUCCACGUGGUGUAAGUAUUUUCCAGGUACUCUGAAAGGGGUAGGGUCUAAAUGGUUCGAAAGGCUUCCUGCUGGAACCAUUAGCACUUUCUCCGAAUUAUUGCUUUCCACCCGGUUCAUGGCUCACAAGGAGGAAACGAAGAUGAGCAUGCACCUGAGUCGGAUCCAGCAAGGGAAAGAUGAGUCUUUGAGGAGUUAUGUGAAGAGGUUCAACCUAGAAGUAGGGCAAAUCCCAGAUUUCCCAGAUGGGGUCGCGUUUGACAACUUUAUCAGGGGACUUAAGAAAGGCUUCUUCAAGUUCGAUCUGGUAAAGAAGAGUGUGUGA